CUCCACCCAGUUCAUUUGAUCGCUAUAUAAUCAGAACCAGAGGGAUCCCGUGCACACAGCAGGAACCCAUCUCCAGGAACAAAGAGCUGGAAACCAUCUUCAGUUGGAGGGACUCUUCCAGAUUUUGUUUCUCUCCAGGCACCUCCAAGGCAGUGAUGGCUCUCCAGAAGACCCUUUCAUUGCUUCUGCUCUUGCUGCUGACCCUGCUGGGGCUGGGGUUGGUGCAGCCCUCCUAUGGCCAGUCCACGUACCAACGAUUCCUGCGGCAACACGUGGACUCUAGAGGGCCAGGUGGCACCAACUUGUACUGCAACACGAUGAUGCAAAGACGGGGAAUGACCAGGCCUACGUGCAAGCAAUUCAACACCUUCAUCCACGAAAACAUCAGGACCAUUAACAACAUCUGCAGGACCACCAACAUCCGGUGCAAGAAUGGCAGGAUGAACUGCCAUGCAGGUGUAGUGAGAGUCACAGACUGCAGGCUUACAGCACGUUUCCCACAAAACUGCAGAUAUCAGGGCAGGGGCAGCUCUAGGCGUGUUGUCAUUGCCUGUGAGGGUAACCCCCUGGUGCCUGUGCACCUUGACAGCUAGAUGCUACUCUGAAGGGGUUAUGGCCCCGUGGUUGACCUUUUACUUAUUGCUUGAAUAGCAAUUUGUAAUGCAUUUGAGCUGUCUCGGGCUCUGCCUCCUCUGCUUAUUACUCCCUUUUCUCUAUAUAAUCCAUUCUGUUAAAUGCAUCAAAGAGAAAUGGAGACAUAAACCUAUAAUGGGACUGGGCUUUUCUGUAAGAAAAAAUUCUACAAACUCUUCUGUUUCCUUUAUAAUACUGGUCAGCUUAGCUCUCUCAGAUCCUAUCUUCUGGAAUUUAGUUAUUAUGUAUAUGAUAUAGCAUUACCAGUAUUUUAAGGUGCUUCCAUCUUAAAAUGGAAGCACCUCCUCAUUUUAAUACCACUGCACCCCUGUGAUGCUGAUGUUGCUACAUAUAGGAGCCCAAAGUUAAAGAAUUUCCUGAAGAGGAUGAAGUUAGUGGAAAUGCUGAAGCAACAAAUCCACUUCAACUGGCUACUAAUCCGGGACUUUUUCUACUUCAUCAUAAGGAGUGUUUGAAAGUAUCAUCUUUUUAAUAUUCUCAAAAGUCAGCAGUUGGGGGAAGCAUUAAAAACUUGGAAGUAUAAACUGGCAAAAUGAGACUCAUUUUGUACAAUUGUCUGUAUAAUUGGCAACCUUGUUAUGUUUGGAUCUAAUAAGACUAAGACAUGAUACAAAGAACUAUAUUUUUCUCUUCCCAAACUUUUGAAUCAUUGUAGUAAGUUAAAGUAUUAACAAUGUACUAGAUCAUUAAGACUCAUUCACUCUUCCUGAUUUAAAAGAUUUUUCAUGUACUCCUUUAAAUAAAGAACUCAAAUU